AGGAGGUGAAAGGGCCGUCGUGGCGGGUGAAAGGUCCCGCGGGUUUUGGCGGCCAUUUCUCUGGGAGCUCCGCCGCCGGCGCCUGCUGUCGGUGCUCCGCGGGUCGGGACAGACCAUCGCCGGCUCGGCGGCCCCUCGCCUGCAGUUCUUCCCCGCCUCACCCCCGGCACGAUGAGUUUACCCCUCAAUCCCAAACCUUUCCUCAACGGACUAACAGGAAAACCAGUAAUGGUGAAGCUUAAGUGGGGAAUGGAGUACAAGGGCUACCUGGUAUCUGUAGAUGGCUAUAUGAAUAUGCAGCUUGCAAAUACUGAAGAAUACAUAGAUGGAGCAUUGUCGGGACAUCUGGGUGAAGUUUUAAUAAGGUGUAAUAAUGUCCUUUAUAUCAGAGGGGUUGAAGAAGAGGAAGAAGAUGGAGAAAUGAGAGAAUAACGCGUCUUUUGUGGGUUUUUUAUAUAUAUAUAUUUCUAGACAAUAAAGAUUUGUUUCUCAACUUGA